ACACACACAAACACAAACACAAGCACACGCACGAGUGAGUGAGUGAGAGAUGUUUGCCGUGGAGAAUGGGUUGCAGGGAGACCCAAGAUUAAAGGCCAUCUCCGACGCCAUUCGUGUCAUUCCUCACUUCCCCAAGACUGGGAUCAUGUUUCAGGACAUAACAACUUUGUUGCUGGAUCCAGUUGCCUUCAAACAUGUCGUUGAUAUCUUCGUUGAUCGUUACAAGCACAUGAACAUCUCUCUCGUCGCCGGAGUAGAGGCGAGAGGAUUCAUAUUUGGAUCUCCCAUCGCGUUAGCCAUAGGUGCCAAGUUCAUUCCACUGCGCAAACCGGGAAAACUACCCGGGAAAGUGAUAAGCGAAGAGUACGAGCUUGAGUAUGGAAGAGAUCGUCUAGAGAUGAGUGUGGAGGCUGUCAAAUCCGACGAAAGAGCUCUCGUCAUCGACGAUUUAGUUGCCACUGGUGGGACACUCUCUGCUUCCAUUAGCCUCUUGGAGCGCGCCGGGGCCGAAGUUGUAGAGUGUGCAUGCGUUGUUGGUUUGCCUAAGUUUAAGGGGCAAUGUAAGCUGAAGGGAAAGCCAUUGUACGUUCUGUUCUUGUUCUGGGCAAAUGCGGUGUCAACAUCAUCCACUCUAAAUUCUCUUAUCGGGAAACAAGUCGUCCGUGUCAGUCCUUUCCAGGCUGAAGGGUUGAGACCAGUGAUGGUUUCAAGAACAAUGGGAGGGUUCACUAUCAACAUUAUUGACACUCAUGGACUUGUGGAAGCUGGAUAUGUCAAUCACCAAGACCUCGAUUUAAUCAAAGGAUCAGAAUCUGGAAUCACGGUAGUCUAUGCAGAGAACAGUGGAAGAUGCAGCAAGAACGAUAAGGACGAAAAGGCUCUUCCGAAUGGUGUAGCGUGGAUCCCGAACUUGGUUAAGGCAAUAACUGAUUAGCAACAGACCAGAGGAAAGCAAUUCAUGUAAACAAGAAGAUGGUAGAUGGAUCUUACUCUGACGAUAAAGGAGAGAAACUCAUCCUUCUUAUUAUCGGCGCUCAGGUAAGAAAGAAACACAGUUUGAUUUACUGUGGCCAGACAGUAAAUAAUCAUCUUAGGCUAUU